ACUUGCUCUCACGCCCCCCCCUCUCAAUUGCUCUCACUCCCCCACAACCCCAUCUUUGUUGCGUCCCAGUCUCGGACAGACCCUCCAUCUCCAUCUCCAUCUCCAUCUCCAUCUCCAUCUCCAUCCUCGUUCUCAACUCUCCACAAUCUAACACCAACACAAUUGCAGCCUGAUCUCCCUCUCUGGGUCCUGUCUUUCUCUUAAAACCCAGAAACCCCUGAGCUCGCAUUCUUGCAUCCUUCAAGACCGGCAAUCUCCCACCCGCGAACCCAACAAAGAAAUUACAUUUGAAAGGUUCCAAAUUCAUCUAGCUUUUAGAGUCAUAUAGAACAAAAGUAAUUUACAACAAGAACAAAAAGAAAAGAAUGUAUUUUGGAAAGCAGAUCAAGAGGGCCGGCCCGAAUCUCAAGCAGCGCAGAUUCAUAUAGAUAUAUAUUAUAUAAGCAAAAAAUAAUAGAGCAACUAAUUGAGAUAUAAUUCAGCGUCCUAUAAACCAAGCCGUGUUUGGCCGCUGGGAGAAUUUAGUUGGUAGUAAUGAUAGCCAGCGGCGGCGGCGGUAACAACAACAACAAUGUCAACAACACCGGCGGUCAGAGCGAUGGAGGUGGUUCAACGGGAUCGAGUGCCGGGGCAGGUGGGGCCGAGGGUAGUGGAGGUGGAGGAGGGAUCGCCCUGAAAAAGGGCCCAUGGACGGCGGUGGAGGACGGGAUUCUCACGGAGUACGUGAGGAAGUACGGGGAAGGGAACUGGAACGCUGUGCAGAGGAACUCCGGGCUCGCCCGCUGCGGCAAGAGCUGUAGGCUCCGAUGGGCUAACCACCUCAGGCCCAAUCUCAAGAAAGGUGCCUUCUCCCCCGAAGAGGAGCGGCUCAUUCUUCAGCUCCACGCUAAGUAUGGCAACAAAUGGGCUCGUAUGGCCUCUCAGUUACCUGGACGAACAGACAACGAAAUCAAGAACUACUGGAACACCAGGGUGAAGCGGCGCCUGCGGCAAGGCCUCCCUCUCUAUCCACACGACAUUCAACCAUCCUCCAACUCCCAAUCCCAAUCCCAACCAAACACUCCGGCCAUCCACACUUCUUCAGCUCCAACCACACCCACUACCCCAACCAACUCAACCUUCCAUUUCCACUCCCACCACCACCCUUCUUUCACUCUCUCCCCGACCCCACCUCCCCACUCUCCCCUCUCCCCUUCUCACCAAUCCCUCUCCCCACAACCCUUCAACACCAGCACCAUCACCCCCUCCUCCUUCACCUUCCAACGGCCCCCUCCGAUCCUAGGCACUCCCAUUCGCUUCAAGCGCUACCGUGACUCAACCGGUUUCUCGCUACCCAUGGCGUCAACGACACAAAGUAAUACCAGUCCUCUGGGCCACCAUGCAUUGACCCAGUUGCCCGAUAUUACUUCCUUUCAGUUCCCAAUGACUUUUAGCGACAGUUCGCCGCAGCUUCUGACGACCGGCCAGUCAGAACUGCACCAACUGGUGUCGCCGGUCUCUGCUUAUUCUCUUAAGCAGGAACUCCCUUCAAACCAAUUAUCAUCGCAUUCUCCUCAGGCUGGGAUGUCGGAGUUUACCAUCGACGCAAAGUUUAAUGCGGCUGCCAGUCAGGGCAGCGGUAAUGGGUUGUUGGAGGACAUGUUGGAGGAGGCUCAGGCAUUGGCAGCGUCCAGCCACGGUUUGAUGACACACAGUUUUUUGGAAGAAAAGCGUGUGUUUGAGGGGUUCAAGCAUUGGGAGGGUUCCAAUUCAAUUUCUUCCUCUCCCGGAGUGAAACCACAGGUAGAAUCAGGAGUUCUGUUAAACUCCAUGCAGGAAGACUUGUCGAAGUUGUUCAAUGUUAUGCCUUCCAACAUUCAAGUCCCGGAUUGGUACAGUGAUAGUGGGGAAAUCUCCAAUGGCCAAUCUUCAGGUGUAACAGACGAUAAUAUCGGGAUCGACAUGCAACAUAUAGCUUCGAUUUUUCCUGUUGCUGCCUCAACAGACCACAGUAGAACCCCUGGCUCCUGCACUUGGGACAACUUGCCUGGAAUUUGCUAGGCACGAUGGUUCAAAUGAAUUAAUACUAAUAAUAAUAAUAAUACGGGUGUUCUUGUUUGAUAUUUCUUCUUUUCAAAAAGAUAAAAAAAAAAAAAAAGGUUUUCGAUGGAUUUUUUUUAUUAGUUAUUAUUAUUUUUUUCAUUCUUUUGAACUUGAAAACAUGGGAAGGCCAAUGAGCAAAUAUCAUUGGUGCCAAGUUUCCUCAGAUUAGUGCAUUCUGUAAACAAUUUGGAACAGCAAUACGAUGGUGCAAGUUUGAUCGUGAAAA